AUGUGGGGUGCAAAGCUAAAACCCUUGCUUCCUGCUUCUCCCCUUCUCUCCUCUCUUCAUUUCACUCCCAGGAAGUGCUUCAUUCUUGGCAAUCCUUCGUUCUCAGCGGUAGAGGAGGGAAAGCAGUACGGCGUGAUAGUGAUAGGGGCGGGGCACGUGGCGGCCCGUCAUUCUCAGCGGUGGAGGAGGGCGAGCAACGGCCCAGCAUUCUCAGCAGUGGAGGAGGGCGAGCAGUACGAUGUGAUAGUGAUAGGCGCGGGGCAUGCGGGGUGUGAGGCAGCAUUGGCAUCCGCCAGGCUGGGCGCCAGGACGCUGCUGCUCACUCUGUCUCUUGACAAGAUCGCAUGGCAGCCGUGCAACCCAGCAGUGGGGGGUCCGGCCAAGUCACAGUUGGUGCAUGAGACAGACGCCCUGGGAGGGGAGAUUGGCAGGAUGACGGACAGGUGCUACGUGCAGAAGCGAGUGCUCAACCGGUCACGGGGGCCGGCGGUGUGGGCUUUAAGGGCGCAGACGGACAAGCGGGAGUACAGCGAGGAGAUGAGGAAGGUGGUGGAGAACACGCCUAAUCUGUUUAUCCGAGAGGCGAUGGCGACGGAGCUCAUAGUGGGGCCCAACGACGACGUGCAGGGCGUGCGGACGUUCUUUGGGGUUGACUUCCUGGCCAAAGCAGUCGUGCUCACCACAGGUACAUUCAUGAAUGGUCGCAUCUGGGUGGGAAGACAGUCCCUCCCAGCAGGCAGGGCAGGCGAGGGUGCCUCCCACGGCCUCACAGAGUACCUCCUCUCCCUCGGCUUUGAAUCCGACCGUCUAAAAACCGGCACGCCGCCGCGGAUCGACAUCCGGACCGUCGAUUUCUCCCGGCUGGAGGAGCAGCCAGGGGACGACCCUGAAGCCGACGGCGUGGGGGAGCGGUGGUUCAGCUUUGAUGAGAGCGUGUGGAGGCGGAGGGAGCAGAUGAGCUGCUGGUUGACUCGCACAACGGCGGAGACGCAUAGGCUGGUGGAAGCGAGUUUGCAUGAGACACCCACUUAUGGCGGCUGGGUGGACGGGCGUGGGCCCCGCUACUGCCCGAGUAUCGAAGACAAGAUAGUGCGAUUCAAGGACAAGGAGUCGCACCAGAUCUUCCUCGAGCCUGAAGGCCGAACCGUGCCAGAGCUCUACGUGCAGGGAUUCUCCACGGGCCUACCAGAACGCCUGCAGCUGGCCCUGCUUCGCUCUCUCCCCGGCUUGGAGCGCUGUUCAAUGUUGAGACCCGCAUACGCAGUGGAAUAUGACUACCUGCCGGCGUACCAGUGCCAGCGCACACUCAUGACAAAGAAAAUUGAGGGGCUGUUUUUUAGCGGGCAGAUCAACGGCACGACUGGAUACGAGGAGGCCGCUGCUCAGGGGCUGAUCGCAGGGAUGAACGCGGCUAGGCUGGCGGAUGGGAAACUGUUGAUCGCGCUGGAGAGGGAGAGCAGCUACAUCGGCACUCUAAUUGACGACCUGGUGACCAAGGAUCUGAGGGAGCCGUACCGCAUGCUCACAAGCCGUUCAGAGUUCCGGCUGCUGCUGCGGUCAGACAAUGCCGACGUGCGGCUGACACCCAUGGGGCGCGAGAUAGGGCUGAUUGAUGAUCGCCGGUGGGGCAUGUAUCUUGCAAGGCAGGCGAGGAUGGAUGCUGAGAAAGAGAGGCUCAAACGAUACAAGCUGGCAGCCUCGCACCCAGCCAUCCCAGCAAUAGAGGAACUGUCAGGCGCAGUGCGGCACGGCACAACACUGGAUCAAAUCCUCCGCCGCCCACACGUCACCUACCGCCUCUUCCAAGACCUCAACCUCAUGGGCGCCCCUACCCCGCUCUCCUCCUCCUCUGGUUCGGAAAGUGGUUCGGAUAGUUGUUUGGAAAGUGGUUCGGAAGGUGGUUCGGGGCCGGUGGGGGAGUGGGGGGAGGGAGGGGCGGUGGUGUCAGCGUGGGAGGCGGAGUGUGUGGAGGUGGAGUUGAAGUAUGAGGGGUUCAUCCAGAGGCAGAAGCAGCAGCUGGAGCAGGUGGUAGCCAAGGAGCACCGCCGCAUUCCCGAGGACAUUGACUACGACUCCAUUGCCACCGUUUCCAAGGAGGCCCGCGAGAAGCUCUCCAAGAUUCGCCCAGCCACCAUUGGGCAGGCGUCUAGACUGGGUGGGGUCAACCCUGCUGACAUCACAGCUCUGCUCAUUUUCCUGGAAGUGCAGCGCCGGAAGAAACAGACGGCAAAUGGAACCAUGCCGAGUCGGCCUGGUGGUGUGGUGAAUGGUGACAUUGAUGGUGAUGCACUAGUAUCGAGUGAGCCGGCGGUUGCAGCUGUAAAUGCAGAUGGUUGA